AAAAGUCUUUCCGAAAGUCGAAGCGACACGCUUCAAUUCUUAAGUAUUUAGAGCAGACCAGAGAGAGAGAGAGAGAGAGAGAGAGAGAGAGAGAGGUUGAUGAAGACGAAAGCCCUAAAGAGGAGGAGAGAAAUGAAGGGCACUCUGGCGAGGCAGUUGCAGCAGGUUCAGCUAGGCCAGGCCUCUCUGGUUCCCUUUCAGCUCCACCACCAAUCCUCUUCUUCCGCCUCAUCCUCUUUAUCCAACCCCUCUUUCUUCCACAAUAUUCUAGGACAAGAUGCCGCCGAUGUGAAUCUUCCGUCCUUGUCAGGUGCCGGUGCCAAUGCCGAUGCCGAUGCAGACGACCGAGAUUUCAUUCUCAGCCAAGAUUUCUUCUGCACUCCGGACUAUAUCACCCCGGAUGAUCAAAAUGUACUGAACGUUUUCGAUUGCAACAAGGAAAACGUUCCUUGCCCAAUGUCGCCGGACAAACUGAAUACAGUGAAAAGUAAGAGGCGUCGGCCAGAUUGUGUCUUGUUAAAUCCUCUGAGUCCCAGCUUGUCUGGCCGUCAACAAGUGGUAGAACUUGCAAAUGAUACUUUUGAUAUGGAAACAGAUGAAGUAAAGUUAGAUAAAACAUCAGUGUCUGGAGCAAAGAAGAUUCAUAGUUAUGUUUCUCAAUCUGCGAUUGCAUUACGCUGUCGGGUUAUGCCCCCUCCUUGCAUUAAAAAUCCAUAUUUGAUGGGUGCCUUGGAAAUGGAUUUGGAUCCUUUUGGCAAUCAAAGAUCAAAAUGUGCAGGUUUCUUCCCUGCACUUACUGGUGGAGAUGGACUUUCACGGUAUCACACUGAUUUUCAUGAGAUUGAGCAAAUUGGUGCAGGGAACUUUAGUCGGGUUUUCAAAGUCCUGAGGAGAAUCGACGGCUGCUUGUAUGCUGUGAAACAUAGCACACGCCAGUUGCAUCAAGACACAGAAAGGAGGAAAGCUUUAAUGGAAGUUCAAGCUUUGGCUGCUGUAGGGUCUCAUGAAAAUAUAGUUGGAUACUUUUCUUCUUGGUUUGAAAAUGAGCAACUCUACAUUCAGAUGGAGCUCUGUGAUCACAGCUUAUCUAUGACUAAAUCUUCUCAAUUAUUAACUGAGCAAGAAGUGUUGCUAGCCUUGCAUCAGGUUGCAAAGGCAUUGCAGUUUAUUCAUGAAAGAGGAAUUGUUCACCUAGAUGUCAAACCUGAUAAUAUUUAUGUAAAGAAUGGUGUUUAUAAGCUUGGUGAUUUUGGAUGUGCAACUCUCACCGAUAAGAGCCUGCCAAUUGAAGAGGGUGAUGCGCGCUAUAUGCCUCAAGAAAUAUUGAACGAAAAAUAUGAUUAUCUUGACAAGGUUGACAUCUUCUCCUUGGGAGCUGCUAUUUAUGAGCUUAUUAGAGGGUCACCUUUGCCAGAAUCACGAUCUCAGUUUCUGAAUCUUAAAGAGGGAAAAUUGCCACUCCUUCCUGGUCAUUCAUUGCAAUUUCAGAACUUACUCAAGGCAAUGGUAGACCCAGAUCCAGUGCGGCGGCCGUCUGCUAAAGAGUUGGUACAAAAUACAAUAUUUAACAAGGUGCUCAGAAAUGCAACCUAACAAGUGCAACCAUGAUACGAGUAUUUUGGUGAGGACUGGAAUGUUUUGUAUAUGCAGCCACUAAUAAUCAGCUGGUGCAGGGAAAAUAUUAUGGAGUAACUUGGAAUGGCCAAUUCUGAGAAUAUUUUUCCUUCAUAUUUAAGGUGAUUAUGCACCAAUUUUGCCCCUCAAGGUGCAGAUUUUGUAUAGUAGGUUGGUGGCAAUCUUGAGCAAUGAUGUGUUAUGGAUUUAAGGUAUGUAGUGCGAACCUAAAACUUCCUA